CACCGCACCUCCAUCAGGACCUAGCGCCACCUCCCCACUCUCUUGGCGUCUGCCGCUGACUUAGGUCCUCGCCUCCCACAGCUCUGAGACACUGAACCAACCUAGCUCCAGAAAACAAGAGAAAAAACACCAUGAAACUGUCAUUAGUCCGAAACACUUGUGGAAUUCUUCGAGGACAGCGCACCGGGCGUGUAGUCAGCGAAUUGUCCCGGAGAUGUCUGCCCGUGGGACCCUCUCCCUCUAGUCUGCUUCUGCGGGCUGCGAGCGCGACUUCAAGCGGCAGAUCCAGUGCCAAAGUAGCUUUUAACCUCGGGAAGCAUCCAGCCAAAGAGGAUGUCUUUGAGCGUGAUGGCUCUCUUAGAGAAGUUGUCCAACGUUCCAAGGAAGCAAUGGCAGCUCUGCAGAGAAAAAACUCUACUAUCCAACCAACUUUUGUUAUUGUACAGUCAAAUGAAGAUGACAGAGUAUGGGAGAUUAAUAAGAAAGUGGCAGAUAUGGUUGGGCUAAAUGUCAAGCUGCUCUGUCUUUCAAAGGACAGCACUGAAGAUGAGGUCAUUGAGGAGAUUUUUAAGCUAAAUGAAGACCCAAGUGUUCAUGGUGUUUCUCUACAACUUCCUUCUUCUUUGCUCACUAGUCAAGUGGUCAACGCUAUCAAACCAGAGAAGGACAUCGACGGGCUGUCAGAUGUGAAUGUGGGACGCCUGCUGCGGGGGGACAGUGGACCGGGUUUUCUGCCCCCAGUAGCAAAUGCAAUCAUUGAUCUUUUGGAGAAUCAUGAUGUUUCACUCGAAGGAAAAUCUGUGUUGUUGGUUGGAGCAGAAGGAGCACUGAUAUACUCUCUUCAAGCCCUGACUGAGAGGAGCGGAAUGGAGGCUUUUAAGAGUCACAGCACUGCCAGGAACCUACAAAAACGGGUAAUGGAAGCUGAUGCUGUAGUCCUAUUAGGAGAAGGAAAUAUAAAUAUCCCGUCAACUUGGGUUCGACCCCGAGCAGCAGUAAUUUGUGAAAAUGACAUCUCUACAAAGCACCUUGUUGCUGCCUACAGAAUAAAGAAUGUGAUCUGCAGCUGCAGUCACUGGUUACAGGAGCAGCAGCACAAACCUUGGACCCUGAGGAGCCUCAGACUGAAGCCUUUGACCCCUGUGCCAAGUGACAUUGAGAUUUCCAGAGCUCAAACCCCUAAAGCAGUCACAGUGUUGGCAGAGGAGAUUGGUCUGCUCCCUGAAGAACUGGAGGCCUAUGGCAGGAGCAAGGCUAAAGUCCGUCUGUCUCUGUUAGACCGACUACAGUCUGAGCCUGAUGGGAACUAUGUGCUGGUUGCUGGCAUAACGCCAACUCCACUUGGAGAAGGGAAGAGCACAGUGACAGUUGGCCUGGUUCAGGCCCUCUCUGCCCACCUGAAACUCAACUCCUUCGCCUGUCUACGACAGCCUUCCCAGGGACCGACCUUUGGGGUCAAAGGGGGCGCUGCUGGGGGUGGAUAUGCACAGGUCAUCCCUAUGGAGGAGUUUAAUCUCCAUCUGACUGGAGACAUUCAUGCCAUCACUGCAGCGAACAACUUGGUGGCAGCGGCUAUUGAUGCCAGAAUGCUUCAUGAGGCAACACAGUCAGACAAGGCUCUGUACAAAAGGCUGGUUCCUUCUGUGAAUGGAGUUCGGAAAUUUUCACCUAUUCAAAUCUCACGGCUCCAGCGUCUGUGCAUCAAUAAAACAGACCCCACGUCUCUCACACCACAAGAGGUCAGCAGCUUUGUCCGCCUUGAUCUGGACCCAAACCAAAUCACCUGGCAGAGAGUUGUUGAUACAAAUGAUCGUUUCUUGAGGAAGAUCACCGUUGGACAAGCAAGCACUGAAAAAGGACAGAUAAGGGAGACUGGUUUUGACAUUGCAGUGGCCAGUGAGAUCAUGGCAAUCUUGGCUCUGUCCAACAGUCUGCAGGACAUGAGGAGCAGGCUGGCCCGCAUGGUAGUGGGCACCAGCCACUCGGGACGUCCGGUCACUGCAGAGGACCUGGGCGUGAGCGGGGCCUUGGCCGUUUUGAUGAAAGAUGCCAUCAAACCUACUCUUAUGCAGACUCUAGAGGGCUCUCCAGUGUUUGUCCACGCUGGGCCCUUCGCCAAUAUCGCCCAUGGCAACUCCUCGGUGCUCGCCGACAAGCUGGCUCUGAAGCUGGUGGGACGAGAGGGCUUUGUGGUGACUGAAGCUGGGUUUGGAGCUGAUAUCGGGAUGGAGAAGUUCUUCAACAUCAAGUGCAGAGCAUCAGGCCUCAAACCCAACGUUGUCGUCCUGGUUGCCACUGUCCGGGCGCUCAAGAUGCACGGUGGAGGUCCAAGUGUUUCAGCGGGUGCACCUCUCCCUAAAGAGUACAUAGAUGAGAAUUUGGACUUAGUUGCAGGUGGAUGCUACAGCAACCUCAGGAAGCAGAUCCAGAUUGCCCAACAAUUUGGAGUACCAGUUGUCGUAGCGGUUAAUGUUUUCAAGACUGACACAGAGGCAGAGGUGGCGCUAGUGUGUCAGAUUGCCCGAGAGUGUGGGUCAGCAGAUGCAGUGCCCUGUCACCACUGGGCUCAGGGCGGGCGGGGGUCUGUGGAGCUGGCCAAAGCCGUGAAGGAGGCAGCGAGCAAACCCAGCCACUUCAAGUUCCUCUAUGACAUUGAGAUGCCCAUUGUGGAAAAGAUCAGAACAAUUGCCCAAAAGGUUUAUGGAGCCGAUGAUAUUGAGCUGUCUGCAGAAGCUGAAGCCAAAAUCAGCUACUAUAACCAACAGGGUUUUGGAUCAUUGCCUAUCUGCAUGGCUAAGACGCAUUUGUCUCUGUCACAUAUGCCCGAGAAGAAAGGCGCCCCAACUGGGUUUGUUUUGCCGAUACGAGAUGUUAGGGCUAGCAUCGGAGCUGGGUUCAUCUAUCCUCUUGUUGGAACGAUGAGCACCAUGCCCGGGCUGCCCACCCGACCCUGUUUCUACGACAUCGACCUACACCCUGUCACUGAGGAGAUCACAGGACUCUUCUGAGCUGCCAGCCACAACAUGCUUCCGAGGACUGAAGAGAAGAGGAGUAUCUGAAAAGCUUUAAAACAAUACUACUAUAUCCUGGAAAAAAAGUGUUACUUGACUGUCAACUUAUGCUCUCUUUGCACACUUCACUACUUUUAACAUAUAGUUUUUCUUUAUAACAUUUCUUCAUUUGUGUUAUUCAGGUGUUUACAUUUCAAAAUAUUUUCUUUUUAAUAUUUUGUCUGAUGUCAUUUGCCGUGGUACGCACAAUUAACCACUCAGGUACUGGAUUAAGUGUACUUACAAUUAAUAUCCAAAUGCUGAUACUGCCAAAAGUUAUUUAUGUCAUUUAGAAAUAUUCAGGUAAAGUCGUGUUUACCUGGUACUGGUGCUUGAACUGAGUAUUGUUAUUUCUACAUUGUGGUGUCUGUAACACAUUUUAGGGCUUUUUAAUAUGACUAGUACUAGUCACUAGUACUGAAUUUCAUAACAUUUAUGUGACAUUUAAAUAAAUCCAAUUGUGUGU